GCAGCGCCCUGCAGUGCAAAAGCCAAGAAACAAGCAGCGCAGAGACUAUGGCUGGCAUGGGCGAGCGCCUCGUGAUCGGCACCCUCCUGGCCGCCGCCUUCCUGGCGGCACCGGCGACGGGCACCACGCUGACCCUGCACAACCUGUGCCCGUACCCCGUGUGGCCGCUGGUGACCCCGAACAGGGGCUUCCCCUCCAUUUGCGGCAACGACAUCCGCCUCGAGGGCAACGGCCACGGGCUCGUCUCCUUCCCCUUCCCGCCGACCUUCUGGUCCGGGAAGCUGGUGGCGCGCACCGGCUGCGCGCCCCCGCCGCGGUGCGAGACGGGGAGCGAGCGGCCCGCGGGCGUGGUGCAGCUGACCGUGCACUCGGCCGAGGGCGCGCCGCGGCAGGACCUGGCGGUGUACAGCGUGAGCCUGGUGGACGGGUUCAACGUGCCGGUGGCGGUGAGCCCGCAGGCCAUCAGCGGCGACGGGCCGUGCCCGGCCCUGGGGUGCACGGCGGACCUGAACGCCGGGUGCCCGCCGGCGCAGCGCGUGGUGGGCGCGGGCGGCUGCGUGGUCGCGUGCAAUGGGCCACCCGGGUACUUCAAGCAGCGGUGCCCGCUGACGCGGACGACGCCGGUCGACAGGGAGCCCGUGGAGCAGCACUGCUACGCGCCCGGCGAGCUCAAGGUCGUCUUCUGCCAGCCCGCAAUGGUCGACGCCGACGCCGCCGCACAGCCGGAUAUCGUCGUCGCCGAGAACUAGGUGGCGGGCCAUUAGCGCGUGCUGUUGAUGAUACACGUAUAAGGUGUAGUAGUGAAAAUAAGAACGGCACGUACAAUGUGUGCCGCCCGGCCGUGACUCUGUGUCACGUAACAGUCACGUAAAGACCCGUAGGUCUUGGAUUAUCGCUCCAUAAUAUAUUAUGUGAAUCUUAACGGGAUCGUCAACAAUCCGUUCCCGUA